AUGAAUUUUUGGGAUGAAGAUAUCGAUUUACUUGUUGGAAAGAAGGCAACUGCGAAGCAAGGUAGAAGAUCAAACAAAAGUACUGCGGAGCUGGAAGGCAACGGAGACGUACCAAGAACUGCUGAAGAAAAUCCCUUCGAAUCAAUGAAAACUAGGAAAACUAGUGUUUGGAGCGAUGAUCCUCCUAAAUCUUCUAGAUCUGGAACAGGAGCCAACAUCAUAGAACUUGAACGAUUUCAAAAUGAAAAAAUUAAAGAAUCUGAUGAUGACAUACCUGUUAUUCCCGAUAUUGAUGAUAUCCAAGAUGAUCCUUUGAACUUGCCGGAUGUUAAACCGAUGGUUUCAGUUGAUAAAUCUACCUACAAAGAGUUAGAUAACCAGUUUGAUACUUUUCAAAGUGAACAAGCCAGUUUUGGAAACCUUGGAGAUGUCGAUCUUUCUUUCUUGACUAACAAACUGUACCCUGAGAAGGAGGUUCAACCGUGCUCAGAAGUAUGGACUAUGGAGUCAUUAUUCAAUGACCUUUCUAGAUCUAAUUUGUGA